AUGACAGACAUUUUAAACGUCAAAGACGAGCCGAUCUUUGACGAUCGCAUCGUCAAGAUCGAGACUCACACGUACAAUCCGUUCGCCAAUACAACGUUCGAACACAGCGACGAGAUAAGAAUACCUAUACAACAGCAAGAUUUAUACACGUUGCCAUCUCAAAGUUUUCUAUACGUUGAGGGAAAACUUACGAUAAGAAAACCAGUUGCGGGAUCUGAUGUGAUAUUGGGAAAUAAUUGCAUCGCUUUCAUGUUCGAUGAGAUUCGAUACGAGCUCGACGGUGUAGAGAUUGAUCGUAACAGGAACGUUGGAAUAACCAGCUCGCUCAAGAACUAUGUAACUAUGUCAUCCGAUAGAAUUAUGAUUGCGAGUAACGCUGGCUGGGAUCCGUGGAAUCCUACAAACGGAUACUUUAAUUUUUGCGUACCGCUCAAGAUGCUACUGGGAUUUUGUGAAGAUUACAGACGCGUGGUGAUUAAUGCUCGUCACAAAUUGAUUUUGAUACGCGCGCGCAACGAUAACAAUUGUCUAGUUGGCGAUCCGGCGCGGGAGCCGGAAAUUGAAUUAUUCAAAGUACAGUGGCGAAUGCCACACGUCCUGCUGAACGAGAUAAAUAAACUGGCGAUGCUGCGUGCUCUGGAAAGCGGACGAUACCUGAGCAUGGCUUUUCGUUCGUGGGAUCUAUACGAGUUUCCACUACUGCAGCGCACGACCAAACAUUCGUGGGCCAUCAAGACCGCUACUUAG